GUUACUUGGGCUCAGCAGAGUCAGAUGUUUCUCUGCUACGUCUAGUAUCAACCAUGCUUUCGACGUACGUAGUUGUUUUAUUCCGAUUCAAUAAGAAUACAUAUUUUGAGGUUAUAGUAAUGAAGAAUUUAAGUAUUUUUUCUGGAUGAUAAGGUCUUUUGAUAAUAAACGGAGUCAACCAUGGACAUCGGUAUUAGUGAAUUAUUAGCAGGAUUAGGAAUUUUGUUUCUAUAUUUAUACUACCGGUUGACUGCAAAUUUCCAUUUUUGGGAAAAAUAUAAUGUUAAGGGUCCAAAACCUAUGCUAAUAUUUGGAAACUUCAAGGAUUUCAUUUUAGGCAGAAUUAAUAUUGCACUGCUUUUGAAAAAGUAUUAUGACGACUACAAAUCCGAACCAUAUGUCGGAAUUUAUGAUAGAAGCUCGCCAAUAUUGAUUUUAAAAGAUGCAGAUUUGAUAAAAGAUGUAUUGAUAAAAGAUUUCAACCACUUUCCCGAUCGAGGUCUUUUAGGCAAAGAAAGUCAAGAUCCCUUUUCACAGAAUUUACUAAAUUUGGAAUACGCACGAUGGCGACCUUUACGAACAAAUUUAUCUCCCGUUUUCAGUUCUGGAAAAUUGAAGGAUAUGUUUUAUUUGAUUGCCGAGUGUGCUCAAAACUUUGAAAAUUAUAUAUCAGAAAUUAUAAUUAAGGGUGAACCAGUGGAAUGUCGUGAACUAACGGCUAAAUAUACGACUGAUGCUAUUGGUGUGUGUGCUUUUGGAUUAAACAUGAAUGCACUAGGAGAUGAAAACAGCGGAUUUCGAAAAUCGGGAAGAGAUUUGAUGGACAAUAAUUUUAAAAAUAUCGCCAGGCGCAUGUUUCGAGAAUGGUUUCCAAGACUUUAUGCUCUCAUAAGGCCUUUAGUGUACAACAAAGCUGUAGAUUUUUUUGUAGAUUCUUUGAAAGAAACAAUGGAAUACCGGAAGAAAAAUAAUGUUAGAAGAAAUGAUUUUGUUGAUCUAUUAAUGGAUUUGAAAGAACAACCAAAAGAGAAGCUCAACAAUAUUGGUAUGAAUUGGAAUAUAGAUAUUUUGUUUACCAAUUCAUGCAUUUGUUAUAUUGUUUUAAUUUUAAUGGUAUUCUUUAUUGUAGAAAUGACGGACUUGUUAGUGACAUCACAAGCUUUUAUUUUUUUUCUGGCUGGCUUUGAAACAUCAUCGACAACAAUAAGCAACGCUUUAUAUGAGUUAGCACUUCAUCCACUUUAUCAAGAUAAGUUGCGUCAAGAGAUAAGAGAGGUUCUAGCGAAAGAUGGAAAAUUCACUUAUGAUAAUAUAAAAACGUUAAAAUACUUAGACAAGGUAGUUAAAGAAACUCUUCGCAAGUAUCCCCCGGGUAGUUUGUUAAGAAGGAUCUCAGUAACUCCAUAUACUUUUGCGGGUAAUAAUUUAACAAUACCAAAACAUACCAAAAUUAUUAUUCCUGUAUGGGCAAUUCAUCGCGAUCCAGAUAUUUGGUCAGAUCCUGAUGCUUUUGAUCCAGAAAGAUUCAAUGAUGUAAAUGCAACAACUAGACACCCUAUGAACUAUUUGCCAUUUGGCGACGGACCUCACAACUGCAUUGGCUUACGUUUUGCGAAUUACCAAACAAAAAUAGGAAUAGCUACAUUGAUUAAUAAAUUCAAAGUAAACGUUUGUGAUAAAACUUGCAUUCCUUACAUUGUUCAUCCAAGAGCAUUCAUUCCAACGCCAGUUGGUGGAAUACACUUAAAAAUCACUACAUGUUAGAAAUGAACAUAAGGUUUUAUUAUUUAUUGCUACGUCAUCUUUAUUGUUAAGAAAGAUCAAUCAAUUACUUACAUAAAUUAGAUUUAUUUUUAAUAUCAACCUUUAUAAUAUAUAUUAGACGUUUAUGUAAUUACUUUUGUAUAUAACUCGUCCACAAAUUAGAAACAUAUAAAUUUAUAAAUGUUUUAUAUUUCGUUGUUGGAAAGUUGCUUUAAUUUUCCUUAUCGAAUACGAAUUUCUGUUCUCGAUGAUUUCUUUGUAGUGCAAAUUAACCGUUCAGCAGAAUAACAGUUGUGAACAAAGACAAUCUUAAUCUAAUGAUUUUUAAGCUUAUCGUAAUAUCCAAAGAAUGAAAGAGAAAUUUAAGGAUUAUUUUUAGUAAUAAUUUAUCUAGACGCAGCUAAGAUGAUAAUAUGUAUACUUUUAUUGAGAGAUAUAGAAUAUUAAAGUUUGGUUGUUUUACUAAAUUUAUUCUUGGCAAUAAUUGUUCACAUAUUGUUACCUUGUGCUACUUUGUAAAUGUGUUGAUAAAAAUGGUACUGGAAAAUUAUGCUUUCUAAACAUAAGUUUUCCUUAUUUUUUAUGAAAAAUUUCUAAAUUGAGCACUCACUUCAAAAGUUUUCUUUUUAUUUUGUUAAACUACUCUUCUUAAAGAAUAAACGAUUGAGCUAGACUAGGCGAAUAUUACUCUAAAUGACGCAUUAAUAACUAUAGUUUAUCAUUGUUUAAAAAGUUAAAUACUUGCGAUAUGAGAUGUUACAUAAAGCGUUUUUAAAAUAUGACGCUUCAUUUUUGUGCAAACUCUUUUUCUCUU